AUGGAUGCAGUUGGCUUACAUUAUACCAGCAAAGAUGAGUUCAGUGAUGAUGAUGAUGAGCAAAAAUGUUUUGAGACAAACUUAAAAAAGAAUGUGGAAAUAACCAUUAGCAAGCCAGAGGUGCCUGUGAAGAUCAUAGAGGAUAGAGAGCAGGAUAUUAAGAGAGUACUGCGAUUCAGCUGGGUGCGGGUUGUUCUCAAAUACCGACAUUGUGAUGGGAACCUCUGUAUCAAAGUAACGGAUGAUGUAGCUUGUUUGCUGUAUAGAACAGACCAGGCACAAGACGUAAAGAAGAUCGAGAAAUUCCACAGUCAGCUAAUGCGACUCAUGGUGGCUAAGGAAUCCCGCAGUGCUGCCAUGGAAACAGACUGAAUUGCUGAAAAUAAAAUGAGUGCUCCGGUCAUAUUUCACUGGAAGAAAAUAUCUCUUGGAUUUGAACGAAUACUGGGACAGGAGAUGCUUUUAUGUACCGAAGUGGACUGAUGACAAGUCUGAAGCAUUUUUCCCCCCAGACUCUGCUUUGGAAAACUAGGAAAAUAAAUGCUUUCAGUUGAAAGCUUUAUAUUUAUUUUUGGGAAUUGAACAAGAAACUAUUCUUACACAUUAGGUAUGCUAAGAAGACCAGUAAAUAUUUUAAAUCUACAGUACUUUAGUCUGAAUUUGAUGGGCCACAAGCAUAUUUCUGGAAAGUUACUAUAAAAUGUCAUAUAGGUUUCAUUGUGUUCAUACCUUAUGCUGGUGUAUUCUCACAGUGAGAAGGUUUAUUAACCUGACUAAUACUGUAACAUGAUGACUGGAUCUAAUAAAUAUUUACAUGAAUUACAUACAUCACUGGGGUUUAGAAGACCAGAUGCUUUCUGAGGUGAAAUGUUAAAAUUGCUGAUUUGUAUUAACACUAUCACUAGCAAGAUUUUUAGCUCUUGGUAUUGAUCUUGGUCAUAAGCUGUGCAUCACUAUCUGUGAUACAGUUUGUAGAACUGUUAUAGGCUAAAUAAACUUCUGUAUUUUAAAAAUGAAAGUAAAACUUUGCUUGAAUAUUGCUAGAGAAUGGUGAGAAACUGGAUGGUUUUCUUCUGCUUUUGCAAAUACUGUUCUUAAAAAAUAGUCUGGCUUUUUUCCUUACUUGAACUGUUUUAUAGUAGCAGGGGACCUUUUCCUGUUCUUGCUUCAGGCAGAGUUGAACUGUAUCAGCAAGACAAAUUCUAGAAUCUCUUGCCUAUUAUUUUGAUGAAAAAAUGCAACCGGGCUCCCUUAUUUUAGCAGCUUGCUAACUGUGCAUUUUCCAAUGUUACAUGUGGCAGAUGGAUGUCAGCCAAUGAAUAAAUGGAUGAAAACCAGCUUAAUAAAUACUUAAAUACCACUGUCAAAAAUAGACCAAUGCUCCUGUGGCUUAGACUUGUUUUUCAUUGUUACCUCUGUUAGGGUGAUGGAAGCCUUAAUUGUCUCUUGCAAAGGCUUUUUGCUUGAAAACCCAGUAGCUGAAAUUGAUACUUGCUUUGACUAGAUCAUGCAUACUUAAAACCAUAUGAAUAUUUUAAUGUAAUUAUGCUAUUGGUAUAACUAGGCUCUUUCAGGACUAGUGUUUUGGCUUAAACCAAGCCACGAAAGUAAAGCAGAGCCAUACAAAGGCUCCUCCGUAGUGGCGUUUAUAUAUAACAAAUCAAUCUACUUAAAUAGCUACCUGCUGUCACUUACAUAAAAAUAAUUGAGCUACUCGGAAGCAGUGGAGUUCCUACAUUUGCCAAGGGCUCAGAAAAAAACCAGGCUUGAAUACUGCAUUAGAGUUACCCUUCCAGCUGAACAUGUAAUGUUACAUAUUGUCGGAAAAUACUGCAGUGCUAAAUUCCCAAUGACUACUCAGAUUCUAGUCUAUGGGAGUGACUGGUAUGUACGUAACACUUUUCUUGUUGCAUUGGCUUUUGAAAUACAAAUAAAUCCAGAGAGAAGGCUAAACUUUUUUCACAGUUAAACAAUGCAAUACUGUAAUGCUGAAAAUUUUCCUUGAUGCUCCAAAUAAUUUUCUUAAUAUUUGCAAUAUAGUAUAUUAGGUAGUUAAGCCAUUUUUGUCUAAAUCACUGUCCUGCAGUAUGAAAGGUUGCUACACAAAGUCACACAAGCAAAGAUUUAAGCUGUUAAAUUGAAUUGGCGGGUGAAAAGGUUGCCGUUAUUUUAGUGCAGUUUUUGGACAUCUCUUAAAUUGGUUUGGCACGUAGGUGUCUUCUGUGAGCUGAGAUGCAGAAAGGCUUGAGCGGUAUUUCCUUGUGCAUAGAAGAGAAAAGUAAAGAGAGAGAAGACUGUGGGUGGGCUUGGUGUACACUUAAGCAGGUUUUAGAGGGGGGCACUGUUAUCUUGUGAAGGGGAGCAAUUCCAGUGCUUCAUGUUAAGAGUAGUAGUUGUCAAGCAAAAGAGGCAGGGAAAUGCAUUUCUAGUUUUCUAAAUUCAGAAAUUAUUUCUGUAAAACCGUAAGGAAAUAUUAGUGUUACUUAUGUAAGAGUAUGCAUUGUUAAGCUUGUUCUCCAUAUACUCAGAAAAAUGAGGGUGGUUCUGUGUGGUCAUAAUACACAAGAACACUGAUAAAGCUACUGCUUAAAGAAAAAAACCCGACAAAACCAAGCUUUUGAAAACUUUUUUCAGAAAAAGACAGGUGCUUCUUGACUUUGUCCUGGAAUUCUCAGCUACUUCAAUACUGUGUUCAUGGGGUGGUAGAAAAGCUGUGAACUCAAAGCUCUGCUUUUUUGUGCUUAUACUCUUGUUGAGAGUGUGCGCGUGUGCGUAUGUACACUGAUCACUUUCCUAAUAAACUUCCAAUGAGUUAAUCCA